AUGCCGCACAGCGUGAAUAACCCUGUAGAGAACCAUCAUUUGCUCUUUGCAGGUUGGGAAAAGAAAGCUCUCAGUUUGCCAGCAGCUCAAAGAAUCCUAGACCUUCACGAAAAGCCUCUGCUGGCGCAAAGCCAGUGGCGUGGCGAUGGGAAAUUUAUCCUCAAGCGGGUGGGCGAUGACCCGAGCAGCCGCGCUUGGCUGACUUCCAUCCGGAGUGUUGCAAAUCGCGCCCGAGAGGCGAGGAAGUCGGAUGGAGCGCCCAGCAAUGCUUGGGAGGAGAACGACACUUUCCUAGUGUGCAUUUACAACGUGUCCCCUGAAAUUCCCUAUGCAAUUCUCAAGGUGCCUUUAAAUGCUUGCGCCCAAGACGUUCUGGCACAAGCGCUGUUGAAAGCGCGCCGACUGGAAGACCCGAUGAAUUUCGUUAUAGUUGAAGAGCUGGAAUGGGGCGGGGCCGCUCACAAUAUCCAGCAACGCGCUCUAACUGACUACGAAAACGUGUACCGCGCUCAAUCGUCCUGGCAAACGAUUGGACGGUUCAUUUUGCAGCAAAGAUCAAACGCCACGCCCACUUCCCUGAGGAAGAACAAGAUCACGGCCAGCUUAAGGCUGGCCACUCUGGAGCGGAUCAGUCGGGGCUUGAGCGUGGCCAAAAGCGUGGCUGCUAACAGUAUCAAGGUGCCUGUACAG